GAGAGAGACUUGAGCGGUUGAUUUUAUCGAGUCUAUUUUUAGUAGUUUUGUUCACUAAAGACUUAAACGGAGACGAAGAGAGAAGAAAAAAAAAACGAAAACUCAUCAAAAAAAAUUAUAUUACGCGAUGUGUUGCGACCUGUAAGAAUACCGAUAAUGGAUAUAAACAACAACAAAUCAAAUAAAACGUUACGAUGAAUGUUAGCUCAACUAGAAUUAUUUAUUUUUUUUUUUAUUUUCAUCCCCCUCUUCCAGAACGACGCAAGGUAGUGUGUGCGUUUCGUCUUACGUGAAUUGUCGUUGUAUGAAGCCGCCUGAGAGUUGUUGAGAGAAGACGAUAUCUGCCGUUACCAUUCGAGACUCACUUUCCGUGAGCGCAAUUUCUACUGCACUUCAGCAGAGGACGUGACUACGAACGCGACGUUCCAAAGUGCGGUAUCCUCAUUAGUUUCAACGUACCUCUAGAGUUUUCAGCAAGCAAAUAAAAUUCGAGCAGUAGAAAAAAAAAUGAAAUAUUUCAUUGUCCACUUUGCUGCGUGUCUCUUCAAGAUUUCAAAUGUGGCCGCGUUCGAAGACAGUCGUUACUGGCAUCGGUUGGCGAACAAAGAACUGGAAGAAUCUCUUUCUUAUCACUGGAACUUAAAAAAGGCGAAAAAUGUGAUUCUCUUUGUGGGGGAUGGAAUGAGCCCGGAUACCAUAACGGCUAGCAGAAUUUAUCAUGGUGGUGAGGCCAGUCGACUCGCCUGGGAACAUUUUCCCCAUAUCGGGAUAUUGAAGACGUAUAAUACGAACAAACAAGUCCCUGACUCGGCUUCCACCGCCACCGCUCUUUUCGGAGGAGUUAAAACAAAUUACGAAGUUGUAGGCCUGGACGUGAACGUGCAAUUGGGGGAUUGCAAGGCAAGCCUAAAUAUGAGUUAUCACGUGGACUCAUUCGUAGCAUGGGCUCAAGCGGCCGGUAAAGCUACAGGCUUCGUGACAACUAGCAGAGUUACUCAUGCGACUCCGGCGCCGCUUUACGCACACUGCGCGAAUCGCAGGUGGGAAUGCGAAUUCAAAAUGCCUAAAAACGCUUCUGCUUGCAAAGAUAUCGCAAGACAGUUAGUAGAAAAUGAGCCUGGGAGAAAUAUUCGAGUAAUUAUGGGUGGUGGCAGGCAGGUGAUGAAAUCCAAUGUGAGCGCGAGCGAAUUUGAUCCGAUUGAUAAUUGGGCCUGUUAUAGACAGGACGGUCGCGAUCUCAUUAACGACUGGACAAAGGACAAAGCCAAAAGGAAGUUAGCUUAUAAAGUGGUGCAAAACAAUGAAGAAUUGUCUAAGGUCGAUGUCAAAAAUGUAGAUUAUCUGCUGGGUAUUUUUGCCAAUGGUCACCUCGAAAUGGACUGGAAACGACAGCGAGGUCCAAAAGGACAACCGAGCCUGGAAGAAAUGACUGUUACAGCUUUACGGAUAUUGCAAAAGUCCAAGCAGGGAUAUUUCCUAAUGGUUGAAGGAGGCAUGAUCGACUUUGCUCAUCAUCGCGGUCACGCGGCUCAAGCGCUGUUGGAAACCGUCCGAUUUUCGGAUGCAGUUAAUGCCACCCUUAGAAUGAUCAACACGGACGACACUCUCGUCGUAGUCACCAGCGAUCACACGCACUCAAUGAGUUUCAACGGAUACAACGCUCGAGGUUCAUCCAUCUUGGGAAUUGCUCAGAAAUCUAAAUACGACGGUACACCCUACACGACGUUAUCCUACAGCACGGGCGGCCCGAACAACAUGGCCUACACCGUGAACGACAACGGUCAAACUGUGAGAAUCGAUCCCUCCAAAUUAAAUACCAGCGAUUUCACUUACAGCCAGCAGGCUACUAUCAUAUCGGAUGAGGCUACUCACGGUGGCGGAGACGUAGCUGUGUACGCUAUAGGACCGUACGCGCAUCUCUUUCACAGCGUGCACGAGCAGAACUACGUGGCCCACGUCGUCGCAUAUGCCGCGAAAAUCGGCGAGUAUUCCAACGGCGUGGGAAUAUUGUCCCCUUGGAACGCGAUUGUUGUUUUAUAUAGUAAUCUAAUCUUGUUGGCUCUAAUUUCAUAAAUAAUCUCAUAAAUAAAUCUGCAAGAUCAGUAAAC